AUGUGUAGUUUUUCCAACCUUGAUUUUGUGGCCACAUCCUUUUGUGUCAGUAAGCGACUGCUAAAACCUGACCAGACCAAGAAGAAACUGCGCAAGUUCUUGGACGCUAUGAUCCAGAAGUCAGGCAAGAUCAGAUGCCUAGUCAGGGAAAUCAACGAUUCCUACUCGAAGAGUGAUCUGCUGCAGAAGUCCAGACGUCAGUUGGAGGAGGAACUCCAGAAAUUGGAUUCCCAGUAUGAUGCCUGCAACACUGUGAUGCUCAGAGGGGAGGUCAACGGAUUUCAGCCGGAGUGGGGGUUCUCAGUCCCAUGCAGGUGUUCAGCGGCCUGUUCAGCUGAAGCGAAGACUCGGUACUUACCUCAGUGCAUCAGGCAGCCAGCAAGCAUGUUUCUCAUUUCAAUUGACCCGACCAUGAGGAAUGCAAAGAAGUACGAGAAGAAGGAUGCGGAUCUUUCCCCGGGAGAGAAUCGCAAGCCCACUGUGAAGCAGGAGAAGAAUGAGAAGAACAAGAAGGAGAAGAAGGAGAAGGAGAAGAAGGAGAAGGGCAGGUCUAAGCACGGAAAGGGUAAGAGUGAGAAACCUUUGGCUGCGGCAUUCGGGCAACCCACACCAUGCACUGGCCCAGGUAAACCUGGAUCGAGGAAUGUGCGAUUGGGGGGAGACACUGUGAGCACCGACCAGCCGGAUGCAGCGCGUGGAGUUGUGAGUGAUAUCGGGGAGACAGCUGCGGAAGCCAGCAGUGGUCUCAUAGAGUUGAGCCGGUGUACUUUAAGCAACAGUGAAAGGGAUGUUGAGCAAGUGUCCAGGAAGUACAAUCUUCAGCUCCCUGUUCCCAUCAGAGAAAUUCAGAAAUCUCCUGGUGUCCGCUACUCCGGGAACUUUCACGUGAUCGCUUUGGAAAGCUGGCUUCAAUUCAUCAUCGAUCACAACGUCUGGCAUAUGUUACUAGGCCUGCACAAUGCAGACCCGAAACGGGAAAGGGCCUUGCUUCGCGAGUUUUGGCGCUUGUAUCGGCUUGCUGAGCCUGACCAUCAAGUGUGGGCUGAAAUUGAGAAGCAUGGUAUCAAAGUUGAACAUCUUUUGCCCGUCGUGAUGCACGGCGACGAGGGGCGCGGCCGGAAACGCGGCCCUUUCCUGGUGACCUCAUAUCAUUCAAUGAUAGGAUUCGGGACUGUUUUAGCAAAUGCCAACAGAAAAACAAAAUCCUACCUGCAGCUUCGAUUGAAUUACGUGGGCUCCACCCACUCCAGCAGAAUGAUCACUGGGUGUCUACCCAAGAUGCACAAAGACGAGCAGGCGCUUGAUGACCUUUUAACUUUCAUGACAGGCGAUUGUCUCAGAUCAUUUCAGCAGGGCGUCACUGGCAAGCAUGGUGAACGGUACCAUGCUGCUUGUCUGAAUGCAGUUGGAGAUUGGGCAUGGCUCCAAAAGUGCGGCCACUUGGAACGAUCCUAUUUGAACAUUCCGAAGAAA